AUGAAGGGUUAUCGAGUCAUUCGCAAGGGCGGUUGGGACACCCACGGUUUGCCGGUGGAACUGGAAAUUGAAAAAGAGCUGGGUUUCACCUCGAAGCGGGAGAUUGAGGAGUACGGGAUAGCCGAGUUCAAUCAGCGUUGCCGUGAAAGCGUUUUCCGCUACGUGAAAGACUGGGAAGUGAUGACCGAUCGGAUCGGUUACUGGGUUGACAUGGACGACCCUUACGUAACCCUGGAGAAUGAUUACAUCGAGACCGGAUGGUGGAUACUGAAACAGUUUUGGGAUCGCGGCCUGCUCUACCAGGACCGCCGCGGGACGCCGCACUGCCCGCGCUGCGUUUCCAGCCUGUCGUCCCACGAAGUGGCGUUGGGAUACCGCGAAAACACACCAGAUCCGUCAGUGUUCAUCAAGUUUGAAGCGACCACCCUGGUUGGACGGCGCAGCGCCGGAAGUGCCGACGUAUCUGCUGGCCUGGACAACGACGCCGUGGACGCUGCCCGGCAACACCGCUUUGGCGACGCUGACCCCGAUAUCUGCGAAGAAUUGACCGAGCGAAAUCUGCUCUAUCAUCAGGGCAUAUACCGACACACUUAUCCGUUCUGCUGGCGUUGCGACACCCCGUUGCUCUACUACGCCAAGACAUCCUGGUACAUCCGCACGACCGCGGUUAAGGACAGGCUGGUGUCUGCCAAUAGCGACAUCAACUGGUACCCCGACCACAUUCGCGAGGGUCGUUUCGGCGAGUGGUUGCGCAAUAACGUGGAUUGGGCAAUCUCCCGCGAGCGUUACUGGGGUACUCCGAUCCGGUGUGGCAGUGCGACACCUAUUUCGACAACUUGCGUGGGCAGCGUAGCCGAUUUGGUCGCUCUGUCGUGUGCAGCAGCCGCCGACAUCGAUCUGCAUCGCCCUUACGUUGACGACAUAACCUGGCGGUGCGCCAGCGAUAACUGCCACGGCACCAUGCGGCGCAUUCCUGAAGUCAUGGAUGCCUGGUUCGAUUCGGGCAUGAUGCCUUACGCCCAAUGGCACUAUCCGUUUGAAAACAUCGAAAUCGACCACGACGGGCGGUUGCCGGCCGAUUACAUCUGCGAGGCCGUCGACCAGACUCGAGGCUGGUUCUACAGCCUGCACGCCCUGUCGACAUUAUUAAAUGAUGAUGUGGCCUACCGCAACGUAAUCUGCCUCGGCCUGAUCCUGGACGGCCGCGGGCGAAAGAUGAGCAAACGGCUCGGCAACGUCGUUGACCCCAUGAGCGUCCUUGACGCCCACGGGCGCCGACGCCCUCCGCUGGUACCUGUUCACCGCAUCACAUCCCGGUGA